AUGUCACCUAAAACCUUGCAUCAGCGCCUGACUGGAACCGUACUCGUCCACGGCGACGACGAGUUCGCUCAUGGGCAAGAAGUAGCUCCAUCCAUCUCAGUGACGUCCACUUUCAGAGCACCUUUGCCUCAGAACAAUAUUCCGCCUAAUCCAGAGGAUUUUGAUUUCCGGAAUCCGACAAGACACAUCUAUUCACGCUACACGCAGAACAUCAGCACGCGUGCAGAACAUGUGCUCAGCAAAAUCAACGGCGGAUAUGCGAUGACAUACGCAUCAGGUCUGGCCGCUUCAUAUGCCGCCCUAGUUUACUUCCGUCCCAAACGUAUCGCCAUCUCUGGUGGAUACCACGGAUGUCAUAACACCAUCGCGGUAUACCAGCAUAGUCAUGGAAGCGACUUACCAAUCAUCGGAAUAGAUGACGAGUUUCGACCGGGCGACUUGUGUUGGUUAGAAACGCCUCUCAAUCCAACAGGCGAAGCUAGGCGAGUCGUGGAUAUCAAAUUCUACGCAGACAAGGUACAUGCAGCCGGAGGAAAGUUGUUAGUCGAUUCGACUUUCGCCCCUCCACCUCUUCAGUACCCCUUCAAAUGGGGAGCAGACAUGGUCCUCCACAGUGGCACUAAGUAUUUUGGUGGACACUCUGAUCUGCUUUGUGGCGUUCUCGUCGUGCAGAGCGGAGAUGAGUGGAAGACGCUCUGGACGCAUCGCACCUUCCUUGGAUCCAUGAUGGGUUCCCUCGAGUCGUGGCUGCUCCUGCGUUCCCUUCGCACACUGCAUUUGCGUGUGCCCCGCCAGUCGGAAAGCGCGGAGGGCCUUGCUCGGUGGCUGAGUCUGGCCGAGGGGGGAAAGGCACACGACGGGAUACCGGCCGGUGUAAUCGACAAAGUUUGGCAUUCGAGUCUCCAAGGCACAGACGACAGAGGAUUCAACCCUAAAGUUCAGAUGGAGGGCGGGUGGAAUCCUACCUUCUCUAUUUUCCUGAUUGACUCAGAGUACGCGAGACUUCUACCACAUUCUUUGAAGUAUUUCAUACCUGCGACGAGUCUGGGAGGUGUCGAGUCUCUUAUUGAACAGCGUAGCUCCGUUGACCCAAGUGCGGACCCUCGCCUUGUUAGGAUUAGUGUUGGUGUGGAGGACUUGGAGGAUCUCAAGAGCGACUUACGUAGGGCGUUCCAGGAGAUUGUACGGCCUCAAGCUAGAUUGUAA